CCUGCCCUCCUCGUCUCUCCUCUCCUGAAUCCCAACAAUUUCCCUUCCCUUUCCUUAACCAUUACUACUACUCCAUAUAUAUAUAUAUAUAUAUAUUCAGUUGUUUUCUAUUAACACAAACAGUUUACCGACCUUCUUAGUGGCGGUGUCUUGUCGUCUUGAGAUCCUCUCCCAACGCCGACCUCUCCAUUUCCUGUCCUCAUCUCUCUCUCUCUCUCCAUCCACAUAUAUAUACAAUAAUUUCCAUUCUCUGCAGCAUUAUUUCUCAAAACGAAAACAAACAUAUAUACCAAUGGCCGGAUUAAUCCAUCUUCUCUGUUUUCCUCUGUUUUCAAUCUCUUUCCUUCUAUUCACUUCAGGUGUAUUUCCCGCUACAUUUACCGUAGUCAACCAGUGCAGCUAUACGGUGUGGCCGGGGAUAUUGUCUGGCGCCGGAACGCCGCCUCUCUCCCCUACCGGCUUCACCCUCCACACCGGAGAGCAAACCACCAUCUCCGUGCCGGCCUCCUGGUCCGGUCGGCUAUGGGGCCGGACGCUCUGCUCCACCGACUCCAUCACUGGCAAGUUAACCUGUUUAACAGGUGACUGCGGCUCCGGAGAAAUUGAAUGCCGCGGCGCAGGGGCGGCGCCGCCCGCCACCCUCGCGGAGUUCACCCUGAACGGCGCGGGGAACCUCGACUUCUACGACGUCAGCCUCGUCGACGGCUACAACCUCGCCAUGCUCGUGGUGCCGCAGGGUGGAACCGGGGCCAACUGCAUCGCCACGGGCUGCGUGGUGGACCUCAAUGAGUCAUGCCCGGCGGAGCUGAAGGUGACGAGCGGCGGCGCGAAAGAGGGGAUGGCGUGCAAGAGCGCUUGUGAGGCGUUCGGGGACCCCCAGUAUUGCUGCAGCGGCGAGUACGCGACGCCCGAUACGUGCAAGCCGAGCUCCUACUCGCAGUACUUCAAGACGGCGUGCCCGCGCUCUUACAGCUACGCGUACGAUGAUGGCAGCAGCACUUUCACUUGCUCCCCCGCCGACUAUGUCAUCACCUUCUGCCCUGCACCCGCCACCAGCCGGAAAUCCUCUGGAGGGCAGAACUCCGGCCAGCCGGACGUCUCGCUGGUGUCGAGCUCUUCGCAGCCGUCCUGGUCCGUGGCCGGCUUCGUCGCUGUCUUGGCCGUGGCAGUCGUCAUUUCCGUUAAUUCCAUCAGCAGCAUGUAAGAUAAAUAUGUUGUGAUUGAACGGAAGCACACCGCCAUUGAAAUUUAAACCUGAGACAGUCAGCAGUACGAAUCGGACAAACUGUCCGCGUCGUCGGCCGCCUUAGUUGUUAGUCUUGAGGAACACGAUGAUGUGUAGUUGAGAUCAUCGCGGUUUUAUUGGGCGAUGGAGCAUAAGCGUUGAAUUUGUAUUUGUAAUAAUUUUUUGUUUUUGUUUAUGGUCUGCUCUGCUCUGUUCUUGGGAUUAUUAUUACAAAGUCGGCGAAUUGUCUCAUUCGUCGGCAGAUGAGUGAAUGAAAUUGAAAGCAGAUUGUCAUCU